AUGUCUUUCUCCGAGGGUAACGCUGAAAAGGGAAAGAAGUUGUUUGUUCAACGAUGUGCUCAGUGCCACACAGUAGAAAAAGGUGGCCAACAUAAGACAGGACCUAAUCUACAUGGAGUCUUCGGUCGUAAAACAGGACAGGCUCCUGGAUAUGAUUACACUGCUGCUAACAAAAACAAAGGUAUCACAUGGAACGAAGAUACACUGUUUCAAUACUUAGAAAAUCCGAAGAAAUACAUCCCUGGCACAAAGAUGGUUUUCGCUGGUUUAAAGAAGGACACUGAUCGUAAUGAUCUGAUCACCUAUUUGAGAGAAGCAACAAAAUAA